CCAUCACGUGGCCUUAUCUCCGCACUGGCAGGUUCACGCACUUUGACAGGAAUUUAAAAUAAGAACGGCACGCGACGCGCCUGAUUCGCCGCCACACACCUUCGUACUGGUGAAAGAAAAAGCGCGCGACCGGUCAGUCGGUGCGCAACCACGAACACGGUCGGACGUGCGCCCGGCGGUCUCCGCCCGCCAAAACAUUUCGUGUGUACAUAAACGUGUGUGUUAUUUUCGACACCGGUGACUGUACCUCCUUGUGAAGAUACAAAGGAUUUGCUUCCAUACCGACGAAGAAGAGAAUGUGAAGAAUCAAGAAUACUCAACUUCAUUUAGUUUUUGGUGAAAAAUACAUCAAAUAAUCUUCAAAAAUGUCUAAUGCAGUGGAAAACGGCGUCCCCGUGAACGAUGAGAUUCGCGGAACCACCUAUUUUUUUUCCAGAAGUAGGUCGAGCGCUUCGCUAUGGCAACGGAUAAGUCUAUUCUUGUCGAUCUACUGGAAGUCGCUGAUAGUGGUGCUGACACCACUGAUACUGUUGCCCAUUCCGAUCAUGAACCAUGCCCCAGCCUACAGAUGCAUGUAUGUUGUGCUCAUCAUGGCGAUAUUCUGGGUACUGGAGCUGCUGCCUCUGCCGGUCACCUCCAUGCUGCCGAUCGUCCUCUUCCCCACCAUGGGAAUACUGAACUCGGACCAGACCUGUGCUGCUUACAUGAAGGAGACAAACAUGAUGUUCAUGGGAGGGCUGAUGAUAGCGGCUGGCGUCCAGCAUUCCAAGCUUCCGAAGCGAGUGGCGCUGUGGACUGUCCAGGUGGUGGGCUGCUCGCAUAGGAGACUAAACUUCGGGCUGACCUUCGUGACGAUGUUCAUAUCGAUGUGGGUGUCCAAUGCAGCUGCCACAACUAUGAUGGUGCCCAUAGUUGAAGCCAUCUUGGAAGUCUUAGAACAGCAAGGACUGGGCGACGUUUAUAUCAACAGGAAGAAGAACGCACUCCCAGAGAACGGGAAAGACGUGAAACCUGCAAAGGACUCUGAGGAAGAGGCGCCAAUUCCCAGCAACAUCACCAUCUGUUACUACCUGAGCAUCGCCUACGCUUCGACGCUCGGCGGCUGCGGCACUUUAGUGGGAACCGCCACUAACUCCGCCUUCAAGGGAAUAUUUGAUUCCGAGUUCCCAGAGUACGGUCCCUCAGUGAACUUCUUCUGGUUCAUGGCGUACAGCACGCCGCCCAUGCUCAUCAUGCAGCUGCUCGUCUGGGUCGCGCUCCAAGUCACUUUCAUGGGCAUGUUCAGGCCAAACAGCGAAGCUGCCAAGAAGGUGGCGCUAGCGUCGUCAGGCUCCUCCACCACCAUGAAGGUCAUCAAGGAGCAGUACAGGAACCUGGGACCCAUCACAUUCCACGAGAGGUCGUCCGGUCUGCUGUUCAUCUUCGCUGUGUUCCUGUACAUCUUCAGGAAACCAGGAUUCAUGCGGGGCUGGGCUGACGUCAUGACGGACUUGAAAGUAAAGGACGGUGUGACAUCAAUGUUCAUAGUGGUGUUGAUGUUCAUCAUUCCCAUGUCCAUGGACUUCAUGAAGUUCUUCUGGUCUUCUAGCUCUUACGAAGAGUUGGCAGCGUCUAAGCCAUCCCCUGGUAUUGUUACUUGGGCGAUUCUAAAGGACAAAGUCCCAUGGGGACUUCUUUUCUUGUUGGGCGGAGGCUUCGCCCUAGCCGAGGGCAGCAAGGCUACCGGCCUGUCGUCCAUGAUCGGCAGCUCCCUCCACGGCCUCCACGGUUUACCGCAUUCCUUAGUACUGCUGGUGGUCGUCCUGGUGACGCAGUUCAUAACGGAGUUCACGUCUAAUGUGGCCAUCGCUAAUCUGAUACUGCCCGUGUUGGCUAAUAUGUCGCGCGCGUUGGACAUGGACCCGCGCUACUUGAUGGUGCCUGCCACGCUGGCCUGCUCCAUGGCCUUCCACAUGCCCGUGGGAACGCCGCCCAACGCUAUCGUGGCUGGAGUGGCACACAUCCCUACCGCUAGGAUGGCUGUCGGAGGUAUCGGCCCGAAAAUCAUCACCACACUCAUCGUAUGGGGCGCUUACCCCACAUGGGGUUCGUACAUAUUCCAGCCCCUCCAAAACGCUUCCAACGCCACAGCCUUGGCCAGUGUUGCCAACGCUACAUCAUUAGUCGCGAACGAUGCAAUCGCAAAUACCACCUUCAAACCGCUGCUUCUUCAAGAAUUGGCUCUCAACUGCAGCGCUACCUUGGGUUCUUUGACCAAAAACGGAAGAUUCAGGUGUGACGUUUCAAACGACAUCGGAAACAGCACAGCACUAGCGUCGAUAGCGAAAGGUAUCUUCUCAUGUGACUAUAUUAGUAAGCGUUAAACGCCAAUAGGUCAAUCUAGGUAAUCCGCCAUUUUGUGCUCGCCACUGUGAUUUUGAAACUGAAGUUUUUUGAGGAUGUGCUCCUCUAAUGUAGAUAUACUUACCUACUUGUAUUCACAAGUAAGCUAUACUGAAAUGAGCUGGCAAUAUUAGUGAGUUGCCAGUACCAAAAUAACUGGGUGUCGCCAUUUUAACUGUCAGUUUGACAGCUAAGGAACAUAAUCUGUAUUUAUUCGCAAUAAUCCUGCCAUUAUAAAGCAUUUGCAACGUAAUGGUCAGUGUUUCGGUGUACAGUGCUGAUGGAAUUGAAUCUAGUUAGUGCCAUAAAUUAGAACAAUUAAUUAUGCACAAAUAUAUUUGAAAAAUAUUGAUAACUAUAAAACUUUAUAUAAAUUCGCAGCAUAUUUGUAUAAUAGUUUCUAUCAACGAUUUAAAAUAAUAUAUUUUAUAUAAAUAAACUAUGUAUUACAGUUUAUAAUAUCGAAACAUGGGCCCUACAAAGCAUUUAAUAUACCUACAUAAUAUAUUUCACUGAAAAGUCAUCCCACCAUCUUUUCAGUGAUAUAUUUUACCAAAUAAUUAUAUGUAUAAGUUAUAUAUUGCAUAUAAAUAUAGCGGGAAAGCGGGUGUGGCUUAAUAAUAAACAAAUAUAUAUUAUAACUA